GAUUUACUUAGAGUGCAGUCAAAAUGAAGAGUCAUUUAUUAAUUUUUCUUUUUUCACCAUUUUUCAUCAUUCUUGCAGAAAGUUUUUUAAUCUUCAAUGAGAAAUCAUUUCAGUCAAUCAAUAAUGAUCCAAUUAUUGGAGUUUUAACUCAAGAAAUGGCCGGUUAUAUGGGACAUAAAUAUUCAAAUCAAUAUAAAAGUUAUAUAGCUGCAUCAUAUGUCAAAUUUAUUGAAGGUGCAGGCGCUAGAUGUGUUCCAAUAUGGAUUGGAAGAAAUGAUUCUUAUUAUGAGGAUAUAAUGAGCAAAAUUAAUGGAGUACUUCUUCCAGGAGGAGCAGCAGCAAAGUUCAAUGAUACAAAUGGUUAUGGAGGUGCUGGUGACAGAAUUCGCAGAAUUGCCAAAAAAUACAAUGACAAUGGAGAUUAUUUCCCUAUUUUUGGGACAUGUUUGGGUUUUGAAUUGUUAGUUUUCCUUAGUACUAAUCGUGCGUCAUUUAUGACAAGAUGUGAUUCCUAUAAUCAUACUCUUCCUCUAAUCUUUAGUUCAGGUUACAAAAAUAGUAAAAUGUUCAAAAAUGCACCAAGCAAUGUGAUUAAAAUUCUUCGUACAGAAAAUGUGACAGCCAAUUAUCAUAUUUAUUGUAUAACAAAAUCCGAUUUAGAUAAAGUUCAUUUAGCUGAUGAAUAUACUGUUUUAUCCACAAGUUAUGAUAAAAAUGGUUUAGAAUACAUAUCAGCAAUUGAAGAUAGAAAAUAUCCAUUUUAUGGAGUUCAGUUUCAUCCAGAAAAAAAUGUCUACGAAUGGAUUGAAGGAAGAGAACUUGCACAUGGAAAAAAUCCAACAAUUGUAAAUCAGUAUUUUGCCAAUUUCUUCGUUGAUGAAGCUCGAAAAAGUUUGCAUAAAUUUCAAGAUAAAACUGAAGAAAUCAAUAGUUUGAUUUAUAACUAUCCUGUGAUGUACAAAGGUUUGAAUGAUUUGCCUUUUGUCCAAUAUUACUUAUUUAAUACAUAAGUAAAAAAAUAAAAUUAAUUUUAUUGUGACAAUAAUAAUGUUUAUUUUAUUACUAUUAU